GGGCUGGGGAGGAGCGUCCUCGGCCGCCUCCUCUCGUCUGGGUCCCCAGGGUCCUCGCGAGCUAGUGCGCGCGGCGCUGGCCGGUGCGUGGCCCAGGGUGUGCUGCAGCCGUGCGCGCGGGGGCGCUGUGCCGACCCGUCGGCGCCCGGAUUGCGGGAGUGCUGGAGUUCGCCAGCCGAGGCAGCACGGCUCCGCAGACUUUUUUUCAAACUCCCAUCAAUGAGACUUCGAGAAGGAGUGGGAGGAGGCGGCGGCGGCCGCUGAGGCAGGCGAGGAAGAGUCGGGCUAGCCGGAGGAGCUGGAGGAAGGAGCGCGGGUCGCGCAGCGCACCGGAGCUUUGGGGUGUUCCCAGCCCGCCUGCUGUAGAGGCGGCCCGACCCCCGCCUGCCUCUUAGUCCCCUCUCUUGCGUGGCCAGACGCGCCGGCCGGACUGAUCCCCGACACUCGGCAGCCCGCGGCGAGUGGCCGCGCCAGCCAAGUUGGGAUGGGGGCUUACAGUCACCGCCUGGCUCCCGAGAGACCACCUGCUUGCUAGAGGGCUGCCGUCCAGGACUAUGAGUGGUUAAGAUGGAGACGUCCACCUCAGCUACUGCUUCGGAGAAGAAGGAAGCCAAAAGUGGGAUCCUGGAGGGCACUGCUUUCCCUGAGCCGGGUAGGAAGGCCUCUGCUCUGGCAGUGGCCACAGUGGCAGCGGCCGCGGCGGCAGCUGCCCAAGGAGUGCCACAGCACCUUUUGCCGCCGUUCCAUGCUCCCUUACCGAUUGACAUGAGACACCAGGAGGGACGGUACCAUUAUGAGCCUCACUCUGUCCACGGCGUGCACGGGCCUCCUGCCCUGAGUGGCAGCCCUGUCAUCUCUGACAUCUCAUUGAUCCGGCUUUCCCCACACCCUGCCGGGCCUGGGGAGUCCCCUUUCAGCGCCCCCCACCCGUACAUGAGCCCCCACAUGGAGCAUUACCUCCGUGCUGUGCACAGCAGCCCCACGCUCCCCACUAUCUCUGCCAGGGGUCUCAGCCCUGCUGACGUGGCCCAUGAGCACCUGAAGGAGAGGGGACUGUUUGGCCUCCCCCCAGCAGGCACCAACCCCUCAGACUAUUACCACCAGAUGACCCUCAUGGCAGGCCACCCCACACCAUAUGGGGACCUGCUGAUGCAGACGGGGGCGGCCACUGGCACACCCCAUCUGCAUGACUACCUCAAUCCAGUGGACGUGUCACGUUUCUCCAGCCCACGGGUAACACCCCGCCUGAGCCGCAAGCGGGCGCUGUCCAUCUCCCCACUCUCAGACGCCAGCCUCGACCUGCAGCGGAUGAUCCGGACCUCCCCCAACUCCCUGGUGGCCUACAUCAACAACUCGCGCAGCAGCUCGGCGGCCAGCGGCUCCUAUGGGCACCUGUCAGCGGGCACCCUCAGCCCCGCCUUUACCUUCCCCCAUCCCAUCAACCCCGUGGCCUACCAGCACAUCUUGAACCAGCAGAAGGGCCUGGGCUCGGCCUUCGGACACACGCCACCCCUGAUCCAGCCCUCGCCCACCUUCCUGGCCCAGCAGCCCAUGGCUCUCGCCUCCAUCAACACCACACCCACCCAGCUCAGCAGUAGCAGCAACUGUCUGAGUGAUGCCAACCAGAACAAGCAGACCAGUGAGUCAGCGGUGAGCAGUACUGUCAAUCCCAUCGUCAUUCAUAAGCGCAGCAAGGUGAAGACAGAGGCCGAGGGCCUUCGACCAGCCUCCCCGCUGUCCCUGACACAGGAACAGCUGGCUGACCUCAAGGAAGACCUGGACAGAGAUGACUGUAAGCAGGAGGCCGAGGUGGUCAUCUAUGAAACCAACUGCCACUGGGAGGACUGUACGAAGGAGUAUGACACCCAGGAGCAACUGGUGCAUCACAUCAAUAACGAGCACAUCCACGGGGAGAAGAAGGAGUUCGUGUGCCGCUGGCAGGCCUGCACAAGGGAGCAGAAGCCCUUCAAGGCGCAGUACAUGCUGGUGGUGCACAUGCGCCGGCACACGGGCGAGAAGCCCCACAAGUGCACAUUUGAGGGCUGCUCAAAGGCCUACUCUCGCCUGGAGAACCUGAAGACGCACCUGCGGUCCCACACCGGGGAGAAGCCCUAUGUGUGUGAGCACGAGGGCUGCAACAAGGCCUUCUCCAAUGCCUCCGACCGUGCCAAGCACCAGAACCGUACCCACUCGAAUGAGAAACCCUAUAUCUGCAAGAUCCCAGGCUGCACCAAGCGAUACACAGACCCCAGCUCUCUCCGGAAGCAUGUGAAAACAGUGCAUGGCCCAGAUGCUCACGUCACCAAGAAGCAGCGCAAUGAUGUGCACCUCCGGGCCCCAUUGCUCAAAGAGAAUGAGGACAAUGAGGCCAACACUGAGCCUGGUGGCCAGGGCUCCGAGGAGAUUGCUGAAGCCAGCAGCACCAGCCAGGCCAUGGAGGACUGCCUGCACGUCAAAGCUAUCAAGACUGAGGGCUCUGGGCUGUGUCAGUCCAGUCCAGGGGCCCAGUCGUCCUGCAGCAGCGAGCCCUCUCCCUUGGGCAGCGCCCCCAACAAUGACAGCGGCGUGGACAUGCCAGGGACAGGGCCUGGAAGUCUGGGAGACCUGACAGCUCUGGAUGACAUGCCCCCAGGGGCCGAUGCCUCAGCCCUGGCCUCCCCCUCCACGGGUGGCCUCCAGCUGCGCCAACACAUGACCACCAUGCACCGGUUAGAGCAGCUCAAGAAGGAGAAGCUCAAGUCACUCAAAGAUUCCUGCUCAUGGGCCGGGCCAGCCCCACACACCCGGAACACCAAGCUGCCUCCCCUCCCGGGAAGUGGCUCUGUCCUGGAAAACUUCAGUGGCAGUGGGGGUGGCAGGCCAGUGGGGCUGCUGCCCAACCCUCGGCUGUCUGAGCUCUCUGCCAGCGAGGUGACCAUGCUAAGCCACCUGCAGGAGCGACGGGAUAGCUCUACCAGCACGGUCAGCUCCGCCUACACUGUGAGCCGCCGCUCCUCCGGCAUUUCUCCAUACUUCUCCAGCCGCCGCUCCAGUGAGGCCUCACCCCUGGGUGCCGGCCUCCCUCACCAUGCCAGCUCCGCGGACUCCUACGACCCCAUCUCCACUGACGCAUCCCGGCGCUCGAGCGAGGUCAGCCAGUGCAGCGGCAUCGGUGUGGGGCCGCUCAGCCUGACUCCCGCACAGCAGUACAGCCUUCGAGCCAAGUACGCGGUGGCCACAGGUGGGCCACCCCCCACCCCGCUGCCAGGCCUGGAGCGCGGGAACCUGCGGGCCCGACUGGCGCUGCUGGACAUGUCCGAGCACAUGUUGGGCCCCCGACGGGGCAGUGGUGGGCCAGCCUAUGGCCAUGCAGGGCCCGCACCCGCCUUCCCCCAUGAGGCACAGGGCAGCGGAGCGCGUCGGGCCAGUGACCCAGUGAGGCGGCCUGACGCCCUUGCUCUCCCACGGGUACAGCGCUUCCACAGCGCCCAUGAUGUGAACCCAGGCCCGCUGCCACCUUGUGUCACUGAGAGGUGCAGCCUCCGCCUGCAGGGUUCCGCCAGCGCCGAUGGCAGCCUGGCCCACAGCACCUACUCUCCCCGACCGCCCAGCAUCAGUGAGAACGUGGUGAUGGAGGCUAUGGCAGCCGGGACAGAUGGUGCAGGGCCUGAGGGCAACCUCAUGCUGCCAGAGGAUGACCUCGUGCUGCCUGAUGAUGUGGUGCAGUACAUCAAGGCACAUACCAGUGGGGUUGUGGAUGAGAGUACCCGGCAGGUCUAUGCCCCAGAAAGCACCUGCUUCCCUGAACACCUCAAAUUGCCCAGCCCAGGGCUGCACGGGCAGCGCAGGAUGGCAGCUGCGGACUCCAAUGUGGGCCCCUCUGUCCCUAUGCUGAGAGGUUGCCAGCCGGGCUAUGGAGCCCCCUCUAGCCUGAACAAAAACAGCAUGCCUGUGCAGUGGAAUGAGGUGAGCUCUGGCACCAUGGAUGCCCUGAGCAGCCAGGUGAAGCCUCCACCUGCUCUGCAAGGCAACCUGGCUGCAGUGCAGCAGAAGCCAGCUUUCGGCCAGCAUCCAGGCUAUAGCUCACAAGGUCUGCAGCCAAGCCCAGGCAGCCUGGACAACACACAGCCACACCUCCAGCCCUGCAGUGGAGCCCCCUCUGUGCCCAGGAUAAAUUAUACGCAGCAGCUGCGGCUGACAGGGACAAGUAGCCAGUGUCCCAGCAUGACCACCACAGUGAGCCCCCACAGCUACGGCCAAGCCCACUCCCAGCUGAGCUCCAGUACCAGGGGUGGGACCCUGAAUCAGUUCCCCACAUCCUGCAGCAACCUGGCAGCCAAGCCGGGCCACUUGGGGCUCCCCCAGCAAAUGGAAAUGGCUCCCGACCCCUCCAUGAUGGGUUGCAGUCGCAGGGAACCUGGGCUCCCCAAUUCCACCCUGGCCGGGAUGGCACCACCUCCUGCAGCCCAGAGCUACCCACAGCAGAGUCAUCAGCAGGCAAAUCCCAUGAGUCAGGACAUCUUCCACCAGGGCCCCAGCGUUCUGCCUCCCCACCAGCCUGGCUUCAUGGAGCUCCAGCAAGGCAAUGUGGGGCUGGCUGGACCAUGCUUUGGUCUCGUGCAACCCCGGCCACCUCCUGAUCCCAACCCUAAUGGCCGCCACCGAGGGGUACGUGCUGGGCAACAGCUGGCCUAUGCCAGGACCACUGGCCAUGCCAUGGCUGCUCUGUCAGCCAGCCAGGAGAUGGCAGAGUCUAUGCCCAAGGGAGCAAUGGGUACAAUGGUGUCCCUGCCUCAGCUUCACCCACAGGACACGGGUGGGGCCCAAGACCACAACAUGCUCUACUAUUAUGGCCAAAUCCACAUGUAUGAACAGAAUGGAGGCCUGGAGAACCACACAGGCUGCCAGGUCAUGAGGCCCCAGCCACCGCAGCCACAGGCCUGCCCGGAGAGCAUCCAGCACCAGCCCUUGCCCUCACCAGGGGUCAACCAGGUGUCUAGCACUGUGGACUCCCAGCUGCUGGAGGCUUCCCAGAUUGAUUUUGAUGCCAUCAUGGAUGAUGGCGAUCACUCGAGCUUGCUGUCAGGUGCCCUGAGCCCCAGCCUCCUCCACAGUCUCUCCCAGAACUCCUCCCGCCUCACGACCCCCCAGAACUCCCUGACUCUGCCCUCCAUCCCCACGGGCAUCAGCAACAUGGCUGUUGGGGAUAUGAGCUCCAUGCUCACCAGCCUGGCCGAGGAGAGCAAGUUCCUGAAUAUGAUGACCUAAGGCUCCAGCUGAGCAGACCCACAGGAGGCAUCCAUUUCCAGAGUGUGGGGCUGGCAUUGUUUUGUUUUUUUUCCAAAAAAGUAUUAAUAGGUCUGAGGGAGUUUGCCAGUGGCUAAUUCAGACCACAAAUGCUUUAAGGGCAAGUUUAUGUGUAUCCUACCUGGUCGUCUGGAUUAUUUUUCAGAACACAAAAUAUUCCAACAGGAAAGACUCAUUUACACAGUGCUUCCUGCCUUUGGUGUUCAUAGGACCACUCUGCUCUGGCUUCUUCGCCUCCAUCACUUGGCUAAGGAGGGAUUACGUUGGCCUGUGCUUCCCAAGUACACAAGGAAAAGGACAGGUAAAGGAACCAACCACAUUUGGGUUUGAAUCUGUAAGUCAUACUGGAUAUUCUAAUCCAGGAAGGUAAGCUUCUCUGAUGUCUGCAAGAAAAAGGAAUUGCUGGCCCACCGGAAUUCUUCUGUGAAGCUUAAUUCAUGAGGUUGCUAAUGUCCCUUGCCACAGAGGAAAAAAAGAUUUCACCUAGAUAAUUUGGAAGCACAUCCUGAUUUCAGGUUUGGUAGAGCUGGCAUCUCUACCCUGCAAAGCCAAGUUUUCAACUGGCAGACUGUCCAAGUGUAUAUGAAUGAAUAAAGUACAGAAGUAUUGCCAGAAAAAGGAAAGAAAAAAUUGUAAUGCUUGGGGCAUGCCCAGAAGCCUGGGCCUCUCCAGACCAUGUUUACAGUAUUCCUGCAUGUAGAAUGUAACCCUUCCUGAAAAGAACACUUACUUCUAAAUACCUCGGGGCUGCCGAAGCUUCUGUGGGUUAGGCAUGGACCGAGGGGAGCUGAGCUUGGGACGGAACCUUUAGAAAGUGAGAGUGCAUGGGCUCAGCCUCAGGCCACCCUGGAGAUUUCCAGUAGGAAGAAGAAGUCACAUGUUUACCCAAUCCUGUUGCCCCAGCGCACUGUUCACCCACUUUACCCUAGGGCCUGACGGCAGCCUCCAUCCAGGUCCCUCCAGGCCAUACUGUCCCCUCACCAGCAGCCCAGUGAUCUCUGCCAAGUCACACAACAUUCAGUCCUGGUAUCUUCUGGAUUCCCUUCCCCCUUCCCUCUAAUUCAUUUCAGAGAAUGAUGAUAUGAAUGGUGUUUUUUGUAGGGGUGGGAGGGUAAAGGAGUUGAUUUCUAGAAUUCUGAGGGACCAACACUCUUCGCUGUGACCAACCCACAAUCCCAAAUGGAAUUUGGAACUGGCAUCUGGAGGUUUUCCUGAACAUACUGUUGAAUGAAUCUGUGCAUCCUCCCCAGCACACACAUAUACACACCCUACACCUUGCCUGUGUUGAAUUUGUGACAACUUUGCCAAAAACAACUGCAUCCCUGUGAGUUUGGUACUGACUAUGACCCUGGCUUUAGGCAGGAUAGGGCCAACACCUUACCUGGGCCUUCUGCAUCCCAGAACAUCCAGUGCUUUGUGAGGGUCCAAAGAAAAGGCCAAGUCCAAAUAACAGCCCUGGGAGAGGUCCAGAAGUCUGGGCUCUGUGGUGGUCAUUCAUUCCCAAGCUAGGAUUUCACUAGCUGUUCCCACCCUGUGUAUAGUUUGUACAGAAGACAUCCUCCCUAAAAAUACUGUAGGUGAGUCAUCCAGCCAAAUUUAUAUCUCCAAAACAUUUUUAGCUUUUUCUACAUGUUAUGAAUUGAGAUGACAUGUUCAACUUGUAAAUAAGCCUUUUUGUAUAUUAAAAAAGUAAUUUUUUCAUAACUUA